UCCCCCCUGUCACUCCAGGCAGUGAUGGCGGAGGCGGACGAGACCGACGUGAUGAUGAAUUACCACGGUGAUUUCUUGAAAGGCGACAGAAAGAACGGCCGCUACCCUUACUGCGUUGUCUGGACGCCGAUUCCUAUUUUGUCGUGGGUGCUCCCCUUCAUUGGUCACAUGGGUAUAUGCACCUCUUCUGGGAUCAUACGAGAUUUUGCAGGCUCGUACUUUGUCUCGGAGGACAACAUGGGCUUCGGUAGACCAACAAAGUAUUGGAAGCUUGAUGUGGACAAAGUGUGUGGCAGUGGUGCUGCUACAUGGGACAAAGCGGUGCACGAUGCAUCUGAGGAAUACAAAUGUAGACCGCACAAUUUGUGCUUAGAUAACUGCCAUUCCCACGUGGCCAUGGCCCUCAACCUAAUGCGCUACGACAAUAGCACGUCUUGGAACAUGGUGAACCUGUGUGGGCUGUCUCUUAUUCACGGAAAGCAUGUGAGCUGGGCAGCCUUCCUCAAGACCUGGCUCCCCUUCUUCAUGCUCUGCGGAGUCCUCGGCACGUUCAUCCUAACACUCAACCUACAUUAGUGGAGCGAGCCGUUCAACGAGCUGACUCAUAGACUUUGGUUAUACUUUGUGCAUUGUCGUUGGCUGUUGAAUGAUGUGUUUUGACGGGACAUUUGUUUGUACAAGAAAAAAUUCCAAAUGAGGGACUCUAUUGCCUGUUAGUCUCUCUGAAAGUAUUUCUAGGCAAAGCCCAGCUGUUUGUGGGCAGCUUUGAACACACUGGUUUUGUUUAUUUUUUUCUCUACUAAUUAUUUAUGAUUAAGUGAGGCACACUAUUUGUAUUUCUUCAAAACUGACCAGAACUGUUCUUCACAUGGUGGGUCGUUAAGAGCAUUAUGAAGGAAGAUGAUCCUUUCCAGAUUACACCACAGUAGAGGACUACCGUCGAGUACAGAGAUGCAUUGUUCAAGAGUGGCAGUGAUGAAUGUGUUUCCAGACGGGCUAAUGUACAUUUCUGUGAUGGAUCACUAUAAAAUGGAUCGCAAAGUCUUAACAGAGGCGAAAGUAUUCAUCAAUUAUUUGUCUAAGAGAUAUGAGCCGCUACCAAAGAUAGAAUGAUGUAGGACCCACAUGUGAUAAAUAGUGGUAUUGUGCUGUAAAAAAGCCUUCCUCCUUCCCUACAAUCCUCUUUCCUCUGGUGUUUAAAGAAAAAUGAAGUGUUAAAGUGUUUACUUUAACAUGAGUGUAUUAUUUGCUUUACUCCAGACAGAAUUUGAACCCUUUCUAACCACGCAUCCUCAUUCAGGAAUGUCACUAUAACUCUGCCGAAUGAUGCACAUUUUGAGCAAUAUUACAUUAUAUUACAUCAUGUAUUAUAUAUUUUAUCUAUUUAUUUAUUUGAUGUUUUUGACGCUAUGUACCCAAAAGUAAGUAUUAUUUAUAAUUCUGUAUCUGCAUUAGUGUAAUAUUUGUGUUUCUGUAAUUUAUUUUUGGAUAUGCUGUGUACAGAGCCUUUUUAAGUCUCCCCUGGCAGACUGUGGUGGAGGUCACAGGCUGUGGAUGCCCUAAUCGUCCUCUGUACCUUUAAGGGAACCACGUACCUUUUUCAUCCAGCAGAUUCUGCGCGAUAUGAACUGCCAUCAAUUUACGGGAUUCUUUAUUCCCUGAGUGGAGUAGAUUCAGAGGGGCUGAAGCUCGAGUGCUCGUGGCUGCCUCUGCAGCAUUUGUAUUCAGAUUAUUAGUUUAUUAAUUCACAUGGAAUUAAGUUUUUCUCUGCUGUAAUUCAUACUCU